AUGGACCAAUUAAUCGCUUAUCUCCCCGAGUCUGAAGGAGGCCUUCUGACCAGAUGGCUUUUCUUCGUAUCGGUCGUCUCUGCUCUUAACAGUGUGCAAGCCUACAUUUCGCCAAACUAUACUUCCAUGCUCUACAGUAAUGGCACGGUCCCCGCAAGCCCGCUCUCCGGCCGCGUCUUCGGAACCUGGACUUUCCUCUCUGCAGUCAUUCGCCUUACUGCCGCUUACAACAUCACAAACCCUGUCGCAUACAACCUUGGUAUGUGGACGUACGGCAUUGCGCUGUCGCACUUCGUUGGCGAGCUCUUCUUGGGUAAUGCAUCGCUCAAGGGCCGAUUCUUGAAUCCUUUGAUUGUUGCGUCGGGUUCGCUGGCUUGGAUGUUCACCCAGCGUGCAGCGUACUUGGGUUAA